AUGUCUUAAAUAUUGACAUGUUAAAAUGAUCAAUACUCUCUAUUUUAAGGUGUAGGAACAAUCAAUUGUCAAAGCUCUUCUUGUGGAUAGUUCUCUGCAUGCAACAGUUUAAUUUUAAAUGGAAAACCAACUGGAUAAGUAGGUUGUUGUAGAGAAGGUGUUUUAUAUCCUAAUGCAGUUUCAAUUAUAGUGUAUAUUCUUAUUAUUCCCAUUAUUGGAAUAGGAAGUCUUGGAGCUUUAGGAGGUUAUUAUAUUAUUAAUUUCAUUAGGUGGUGUUGUAAAUAGACCUUUUUUAGAGGCUAUUCUAAAUUUUAACCCUUCUACAUCUGGUGAUAUUACUGCUUGUCUUAUGUUCGGAGCACAAUUAGUGAAUCAAUUCAUUAUCUUUUUUUAAAGGUAUAUAAUUUUAUUCUAUGUUUAUAGACAUCCUAACUCUCCAGAACGACCAUUAGUUAAUUUUGAGAUAGGAUUAGUAUAUGCCUUAGGAAUACCUAUAUCCAUGUAGAUUGGAAUGGAAUUGGCUAACUAUUUACCUCUUUUGCCAUUGUUGACUCUAUAAAUGCUUUUUUUUAUCAUUAUUUGUCCAGUGCUUUUGUAUUUCGCAAAAUCUGAACAAAAAGUUGAAAAUAACAAAGAAGUUAAUUCUGAAAUGCAACAAUCAUCAAUCAUUACUAUAGAAUAAUAAAUCAAGGGCAACUUAAUUGAAGAAUAACGAAUGGCUGAAUUAUUUAAAUAGCUUCAAGAAGAAUCAUGUCAAAGAUUUCCUUUACUACCAAUACUUUUGGCUUUUGGAAAUUUUGCAAUAAAUGAAUUAAUAAUUUUAUUAAGAACUACAUCCUAUUAAAAAUCACCGUAUUUUUAUCCAGAUGAUUAAAAUUUUGGUAACAAAUUUUCUGCUUGUGAACCAUGGAAUUUUUAUAUGAUGGUUUUAUUAUUUGGAGUUAAUUUAAUUAUCACACUUUGGGUAUUCUUUUAUAUGAGAAAAAAAGAAUUCCUUAAAAAUACUGUUAAUUUUAAUAUGAAUGAACGCUAUUUUACUCCUAUUUCAAGAUUUUUUAUGAUUUAUGGAGCUGGUUGGGCAACAGGAUUUGUUGCUGGAUUUUUAGGAAUGGCAGCUGGAUUAACUAUGUUUGUAACUAUGAUAGAAUUUGGUUUAGUUGCUGCUGCUGCUGGAGCAACUGCUAAUUAUGGAUAUUUUAUUAUAUGUUUACAAGUUUUUAUUUCAUUUGUUGUUGGAGAAUAUUAAGAUUUAACUUUAACAGUUGGUUAUUAAUUUUUCUUUUAUGCAAUAGGAGUAUUUAAUUAUAUUUAAUUUAGGCUAUUGGUGUUUUAAUCUUCACUAAUUUAGGGUAUUAUGUGAUCAAAAAAUACAAUGUAGGGCAUAUUUUAUUCUAUAUUGAUUUUGCUUUGGUAUUACUCAAUAUGAUUGGCAAUAUUGCUUGGGGUAUUGAAUAAUCUGAAAGGUUUUCAUAUCAUGCUUUGGUUUAUAAUCCACAGAGUUGUACAGCUUAGAUCAUAAGCAAAAGUUCAGUGCAAUGAACUUUAUUUAUUUAUUUAUUUAUUUAUUAUUAAAACAACAAAAC